ACAUUUGCUUUUCGGUCUUGAGGUUAGGCAUAACGUUAGCAGUGUGGUUAUUUGACUUAUUUUACCAGAACUUAACUGUGAACAUUCUCAAUUACAGCAACGACCUAGGGGAUAAUAAGGGGGAUGAAUGAGCCAAUUGGAAGGUUUAGUGUUAGGUUUAAAAUCACAUUAGGAGAAAUGUAUAAAUAGGCGGGGUUUAUGAUUUGUGGCUGUGGUAACUUGUGACGAUCCUACGGAUGCCGCAGUAAAAUUGGUCGCGCUUGCGCAGUCCCGUUCCUCUUUUUCCUGGAAGUGCCCCUAAUCCAUCGCACCAUGGCAGACACUGAUCUUGACUUCACCACCGGAGAGUCUGGCGCCUCCGCCACCAUUCCUAUGCAGUGCUCUGCCCUGCGAAAGAACGGCUAUGUGGUGUUGAAGGGACGCCCUUGCAAGAUCGUGGAAAUGUCCACCUCCAAGACAGGAAAGCACGGACACGCCAAGGUUAACAUGGUGGGCAUUGACAUCUUCACCAACAAGAAGUAUGAGGACAUGUGCCCCUCCACCCACAACAUGGACGUGCCCCACAUCAAGAGGAAUGAGUUCCAGCUGUUGAACAUCACUGAUGGGUUCAUGUCCCUCAUGGGUGACAAUGGAGACGUGAGGGAGGACCUGCGCGUGCCUGAUUCAGACCUGGGAAAGGAGAUCGAGCAGAAGUUUGCCGCUUCAGAGGAUAUCCUGGUCUCUGUGCUGUCUGCUAUGGGGGAGGAGUGUGCUGUGGCCAUUAAGCAGAUGACCGGUGGCAAAUAGAAAGACAGGACUGACCUGCCCAGGCAACAAACUCCACCCACAACCAGUCUCUAGUAUUCUUAUUGGUUCUUCUGUCACCAAAGCGACGGCCUUCACAGACAACCUCAAUCAUUCUGUUGUGAUUACUCCUUUGUUUUUUGGUUUCUCUCUCUCUCCGACGCUGUCGGACUGUCCCAGCGUUACUGCGGCACGCUCGCUGUGUUGGGUGGCAUUCUGCCGGAUCACUGAGGUUUUGUUUAGUUCUACAUAAUCUACUAUAUAAAGAAAAGUACUUAUUGGUGAAAUAUAGAUUCUUUUUUUGACUUCUUCCUCAUUCCUGUUUAUUUUUGCCUUCGAGAUGUUUGUCUUGCCACAUACAUUCCUGAAUGUUUAAAAUAAUGAUGGGAUCCAGCUUUUUGUAUGAUAAUUUUUUUUAUAUUCCUUAUAAUUGAGCUCGUCUGAUGCCUUUUUAGAGGGAGGGGGGAGCUGUUUGAAUGGUGGGAGGAGGGGGGCUUGGGGCCCCUUUUACUGACAUUGAACUACGUUAGGGUUGUCCCUCUCUGGCUGCCAUACUGCUGCUUCCCAGCAUGGCCUCUCUGCUCUGGCUGAUCAGACAACUGAUGCUUUUCUCCCAAACCGUGGGAACGCCGGUGGCUAGCACUUAACAAGCAGUCUUAACAGUCCCACUCCAGCAUUUCAAAACACUUCGAUAUGAAGAAAGAACAUUAGAGAAAAGAUGCUAAAUAUGGAACCAAACUUCAGUGAUUUUUCUCUUGUCAAUGCCGCUCUGUCUGUUUAGAAAGCCGGAGGGCCCAUUGCGCUUGCCUAUCACCAUGGCAACCUAGCCCCGCCCUGGGCAUCCCAUAAUAGUCGGAAAGAGUGAGGCGUUGGUUGGUGUGGCAGCGUAGAAUGUUCUGGAAGGCAUUUUGCAGUGAGGUGUGAGGGGCUCGAUCGGGCGGGGGGGGGUGGAGUUGCAAACUUAUUUUGUUCACUCGAGGCCUUUGUCACCUGACUGGAGAUGGCAAAAAAAUAAUAAAGUUAAAACAAAUAGAAAAAACGCUUUCUUGGUGGUGGUUCUGUGUUUGUCUUCACACUAGAAUGUUUCACUGUCCAACCAAUGCCGGAUUCUGUUGAAAAUAAUGACACAGGAAUGGAUAGGUUUCAGCUUUGGUUGUGGACUCUGCACUGUCCAAGUUGCCUGGGACCAUAGUAUAUCAGCAUAGUAUAUCAGUUUGAUCCCUGGCAACUGACACAUUGGUAACGUGACUUCAGCUCCCUCUGCACUGGUCAGAGAAUAAGUCUGAUGAAUCAGAAUGGUGGAAGUUGGAAAAGGAGAUGAAGCCUCUGCACUACUGAGUUGCACUUCAUCAGUUCUUCACUCCCAGCCUUAAGGGCAGUUCACUACACCAGUCUUGAAGCACUUGUACAGCCUUCGUUUGAUACCUGUUUUUCACAAGUUCUUAUAGGAUUAGAUGAAUAGUAAUGGAAUGAAUAGAAUAGACGACUCAUUGACUUGAAUGGGGAUCCCCGUUCUAGUCAUUCUAGUUCUAUGCAUCCUAUCCCAAUAACUUUUGAUAAUCUGGACCCUGAUACCCAGUGAAGUACACUCACUCCACUGCUUCCUGUCCUUCCAGUCUCAUGCCCAGACCGGGAUUACACGGCAAGCUGCAGUAGCAAAGCACUGCAGAUAUCACCAGUGGUCAGGGCUCAGCUGAGGUUCAAUGACUGAGUGAAACUGGCUGGGUUUGAGCCAAGAUGAAGCCGUAUCCCUGCAGGGGCCUAUAUGGCAGCUAGAGCCACACCCUUCCUGAAUGCCUGACUGCAGUGUGAAGACUCCGUUCUCGUCACACAACAAGCCAUAUCUCAUACACAACUCAUCUGCAUGCUUGAGUGGGGGGCAUCAAGGCUCUCAGAAACCAGGACAAUGAGUCAGAUCAGCCUUAACACUAAACUAGUACAAACACUUAGGCCAGUUUAUUAAGUACACCACCCUGUUCAUGAAAAUGGAUCACUCUUGCAGAGAGUCAUGUGGCCAUGGCUUGCUAUAUAAAGCAGGCAGGCAUCAAGGCAUGCACUUACUGUUCUAUAUAAUGGGCAAAUAAGCGGCCCACAAACAUAACUGCGCAGUACAACAGUGUUGUGCAGAACGGCAUCUCGAAACGCACAACUUGUCGAUCCUUUUCACGGGUGGGAUAUUACAGCAGACGACGACACUGGGUUCCACUGCUACCAGCUGAAAACAAGAACUGUCUCCAGUGGGUACGCCAUCACCAACACUGGACAACUGAGUGGAAAAACAAAGCCUGGAACAUGACAGCGAGUUCAGUUUACUUGAGUUGACAACACAGUCCCCAGACCUCAACCUAAUAGAACUCCUUUGGGAUGAAAUGGAACGGGCUGUAUCGGUCUGCUAAUACAGAGUAGAAAAGACCCAGUGCAUUCAUUUUGUGAUUGCCACGGCUAUGUCAUCAACACAAUGGAGGGGGAAAAAAUCGAAUGAUUUAAAUAUUGAACGUGAAUGCGUUACAGAGAGAAACAAAAUGGUGCCGUUUCAGGUCAUAUUGCAAACAAUGCAGGCAUUAGGGACGGGGGUGUGAGCGUGUUGGUCGGGGCAGAGGAGAUGUAGUCGUUUGUGUAUGUAAAUUGUAAGUUGUUUGUACUUAUAAGUGGGAUUAAAAUGUAUUUUAAUUGUCAUUUUGUCAAUAAUCUACAAAAAAAUCAUGUUAAAGUGGAAGAAAAAUUCUAACUUAACCCCCUAGAGUUACUUGAAAUUGAGUUACGUAAUACAAAAGUCCCGAUCACAAUCUGUCUAAACUAAAGAGUUGUUUUUUGUUGUUGCAUGGACUGUGUUUCACCAAUGGUGACCUUCCGUAUCUGCGGUGUUUGUCAGACCAUGAGACAUCCCAAAAAUCUGUCUUCUCACAAACGUCGGUAGCGCCCAAACGGUUUACCCAGUGAUUGACAGAUAAAUGCAGGAGCUGUCUUCCAAGUCAGUCCAUUAGACUAUGUUCACUGAAAUUCACAAAUGAUAUGAUAUAGAGACUUAGUUUAUACACAUUUUUCAUGACUUUUAACCAAAUGUUCUUGACUUAAUAUAGCCAACAUGAAAAAGGUCAAGCAUUAUUGACACUGGAAAGCUGUUUUGUCUGAUCCCAUGUAAACCUACCACCUCCUGCCAGCGUGCCUUGAUCAAGGCACUUAGUCACGUGGUAAACCCUCCAUCUGGAUAACUUGUGUGUGUGCAGGUUUGGCUUUUGAUCCAGCCCUGAAACACCCAAGUCUGCUUAUCAAGGUCCUGUUGAUCAGCUGAUGUUUAGGCUACAAUGUGGUUAGACCAGGGCUGGAACAAAAGCCUGCACACCCAGUAGCUAACCUGGUGGAUGGUUGCCACCCUUGAUAUAAAAUAUUCCAACCAAAUAGGCCCACCCACUUGUGAGCCAGGCCCAGCCAAUCAGAAUUAGUUUAGCCAAUUGUACUCUCUCAACUUAAGAUAUCUGUGGCAUUGUGUUGUGACAAAACUGCACAUUUUAGAGUGGUGUUUUAUUGUUCCCAGCACAAGGUGCACCUGUGUAAGGAUCGUGCUGUUUAAUCAGCUUCUUGAUAUGCCACCUGUCAGGCGGAUGGAUUAUUUUGGCAAAGGAGAAAUGCUUACUAACAUGGAUGUAAACAUUUGUGCACAACAUUGAGAGAUAAGCUUUUUGUGCAUAUGGAACAUUUCUGGGAUCUUUUAUUUCAGCUCAUGAAACAUGAGACCAACACUUUACAUGUUGCGUUUUUAUUUUAGUGCAGUAUAAGUAUCUUUGCUGACGUGGGCAUGUUUUCAAUAUAGACUCCUUUUGUCAUACAGUAUUCCGUAUAAGGCAUCCAGACCUUAUGAAAGUUACCCAGGUUACCCUUAAAUCUGGUAAUAAAUCAAAUCUAGUGAUACAUAACUUGACAUUGUGGGAGGAUGGCCAACCUUCCAAUUAAUGGCACUCCAUUUCUUAGCUGCUAUAAAUGCUAGGUUACACAGUUUCUUCUGAUAAUAGUAUUCAGUAUCAACAUUUCUUGGCUGCUAUAAAUGCUAGGUUACACAGUUUCUUCUGAUAAUAGUAUUCAGUAUCAACAUUUCUUGGCUGCUAUAAAUGCUAGGUUACACAGUUUCUUCUGAUAAUAGUCUUCAGUAUCAACAUUUCUUAGCUGCUAUAAAUGCUAGGUUACACAGUUUCUUCUGAUAAUAGUCUUCAGUAUCAACAUUUCUUAGCUGCUAUAAAUGCUAGGUUACAGUUUAUUCUGAUAAUAGUCUUCAGUAUCAACAUUUCUUAGCUGCUAUAAAUGCUAGGUUACACAGUUUCUUCUGAUAACAGUCUCCAGUAUCAACAUUUCCAAGCAACCAAAGACAGGGAGAAUCUGUAGAUAUGCUGAGAGAAAAUAACAUACUCUUUGUCAGAAUGUAUUAGCCUUCACAAGAGCAUAACAUAUGCAAAUAUGUCCCCUUUUGUGUUUUACACCUCCAGCAUAAGAAUGACAUUUCUGAGUGCAUGAUAUUCAGUUUCACUGGCUUAUAGUACGUUCUAUGAAUGGUCUUAAACUGCAUUAGUUUAUGUCUGAGAUGAUAUGAACAUGACUGGGCAUUCUAACAUAUCUGUAUCCAUUCAUCAUCAUCAAUAGUGUCUCCCAGUUCUUCCUCACAUUUUGGUUUAUCAGGAAAAGCCUCCAUCAACCCUUGAUACAGUUUGGAAAUCAACUGUAGAGGUUUGUCAGACUGCCUUAAAAUAGUUCCAGUCUUUGAAGCUUCUGGCUUGUCCAGUGUUUGCUACAUAGAGAAUAGUGUUGCAUCUGCAACAGAUCACCUCAGCAUCAUCGCAGAUGGGUCUUUCCUGGCUGAGACUCCUGUCACCAUCUGAUCCUGCUCAGAUGAGGAAUGACAGAGUUACCUUGAUGUACAUUUCUACAUUAUAUUAUCCAAUAAUAGAAUCAAUAGUUUAAUCAUGGAAAUUACCAUCAACUUAAGAUAAAACUUUGUAUCCAUUCACUGGUUGAUAUAAUAUAAAAAUUCACCUGAACUCCGUAAACGUCUUCCCUGGCUGUCUUACCCUGCUGGGACACCUGUCACCAUCUGAUCCUGCUAAGACAUGAUGACCAUAGUGUUGUGUACUGACUGCACCAUGACAGUGAAGCCUGUACAGCUGUUAUACUGUGUCAGUAUGAAAAAAAAGUAGGGAAUUAACUAGGGAAACUGACAGCUCAAUAACAUUACAUUGCUAUACUGACUAAUAAAAACUGACAUUGCACUUUCAAAAAAUGUCAGAAUAUCAGUCUUCAAUUGGCUGCUGGUUUCAUCAUUUGAUUCAGGUCUACUGUGAUUGAGGCCAAAAUAAUAGCUAAAGUCAGUGAGCUAGCUAACGUUAUCCAACUUUUGUCUAACUCCAAAUGGUACAUCAACUGGCGAAAACUAGCUGUGUUAAUUUACUUCUGUUGAAAUGAGACAAAACAAAGACUACAAACCAUUUCCAGACACACUACAGCUGUAAAAUACUGCUACUGACAGAUAGCUAGAGAUGAACUGGUUGUGGUAGCUACUAGCUAGCUAGUUCAUUCACUUCAGGCAGAACUUCAGGCGAGAGGGGAUGAAACAUGUAAUGCAUUAGCUUACAUUACAUGAGUUACAUUAAGUCAGCACUGGGAAUAAAUACUUUUUGUUCCCCUGUCCCAGGGAAAGUUGCAACCCUGCAUUUUACAGUAUUACCUUAGUGCCUUGUUGCAUACAUAUGCACAUUUUAAUUCAGUAUAUUUGUAUUAUUCUUUUCACUCAUUAUUUUUGAGUCUACAAUGUUGUUCAUCCAUCUUCAAUUCUCCAAUCACAGCCAUUGAACUCUGUAGCCGUUUUAAAAUCACCAAUGGCAUCAUGGUGACAUUCCUAUGCAGUUUCUUUCCUGUCCUGCAGCUCAGUUCAGAAGGAUGACUGCAUCUUUGAUAUGUCUGGGUAGUUUAAUAAAUUAAUUAUUAACUUGACCAUGCUUAAAGAGAUAUUCAAUGUCUGAUUUGUUAUUGUUCUAAUUCGGUACUUGACUGAGGGACCUUACAGAUGUACGUAUGGGGGACAGAGGAAGGUGUAGUCAUUCAAAAAUCAUGUCAACCUCUAUUAUUUUACACAGAUUAUGUGAUUUGUUAAGCCACAUUUUAUUUCUGAACUAAAUUUAGUCUUGCCUAAAAGGGGGUGAAUACUUAAGCAACGGCUAUUUUAGUUUACAAUUUGUGUUAAUAUGUAAACAUUUGUAAAAAAUGUUCUUUUCAUGUUGACAUUAUGGAGUAUUUUGUGUAGAUCAAUGACAACAAAAUGCAAAGUGGCAGUCAGCAGUUGCUACAUCAAUUUGACUUAUAAAUUAAUUAUAUGUUCCCAUUGAUUCUUUAAGAAUAUAUGCCUUGUGCAUAGUUCAACUGUCAUAAUCAAUCAGAACCCAAAAUAUAAGCUUGUUUUACUCCAAUGUUUGUAAACAAAGAAAAUGUAAACAAACUAUAUAGCCUCAACAUGGUUAAAACUAUCAUUUUGAUAUCAUGGCCGGCCAAUCCUUGCAUCCAUAGCUUUGUAUAUGAACUUGAGAGUGAAUAGAUUUCUCCAGCCCUAUCCCUCAUCUUUUUACCGAACCAGGGUUGGGGAGGCCUCUGUUAUUGUUUCUACUGCCUGAGUGCCCCUUUACAUUUCUAUCCCACUUUGUAAGGCAACAAUGUGAAAAGGUUAAAUUAAUGGGAGACUUUCUAUAGGCACUAUAUAGAAGGUUUUGAUCAAAGAAAGAUCAAAUAAGGUGUGUGAGCUUAUUGGUCACUCAUGCAUGCUUGUGGUCAGGCUACUCAGUAAGCAUAUUAGCAACAAUACAGACCUAUUACAUCAGUAAAUCAACUAAUCUGCUUUUCUACCUGUCAAUGAUUGACCACUCUCUCAUGCUGGGUCUGGGUGGGUGCUGUCUGGCUGCUCUUUGGACCCAACAACCAAUAAUAACCAAUGAAGCCCUCCAUUUUUUCAAACUAAUAUAGCAGUACAGUAGAUUUAUCAUAAGAUAUACAAAGCAAAGUAAAAAAAAUUAUCAUACAGCAUUCAAAGGCAACUUACCGAAAAAUAGUUCAUUUCACAACUAUAUACCACCAGUGAUUUAUUGAAAGUAUGGGAAUAGUAUUUCAUUCAUUUAAUUCAUCAGUGUACUGCAGUCUACAGUACAAUAUCCCAAAUUCCAAUUUGAAAUGCCAUUCCUGAACAAUGACCAAAUUAGGCAAAGUGCUUACGUAACAACGUUACGAACACCGCGCCCGACUAACGCAACUUCCUUUCUACUCCGCACACUCAAGAUGGCACCGCUAAAGCAGAAGAAACAGACUGUGGUCAAGAGGACCAAGAGGGGGGUGUCCUGGAAGUUCACCCUUGACCUGACCCACCCUGUGGAGGACGGCAUUCUGGACUCGGCCAACUUCGAAACAUUCCUCAAAGAGAGGGUAAAGGUCAACGGCAAGACAGGAAAUCUGGCUAAUGUAAUUGAGAUCGCCCGCCUGAAGAACAAGAUCAACGUCACAUCACAGAAGCAGUUCUCUAAGAGGUACCUGAAAUACCUGACCAAGAAGUACCUGAAGAAGAACAACCUCCGUGAUUGGUUGAGAGUUGUGGCGUCAGACAAGGAGACCUAUGAGCUGAGAUACUUCCAGAUCAGCCAGGAAGAGGAGGAGUCAGACAAUGACGAGUAGAACCAAGCUCCGCACACCUGCCCCGGACUGGAGACUGGCCGGUCCCACACACGUGUCACCUGCGUGUGAGGGAAAGUCGUUUGUGAGAGACCUUUCUAAUUUUCAGUGGAUGGAGUCUUGAGUCUUGAUAGGAUAAUAAAUGAGGUCAACAAAACA